GCCUGACAACCAUUAACAUCAGUCUCAAUGUUACAAACCCUCAUGUGUUUCCAGUAACUAUCUCUUUUACCUACUUGAUCAUCACUCUUUUUCCGACACCGACCAUGUUGCAGGUGAUCAGCGCGAGGACAGUCCCAGCCGCCCGGCUCCUCGCACCCAGGGGCGCCGUGCUCGUGGAGGCGGUGCGCGGCCGUAAGUCUCGCACUGACCCGGUGGCCAAGUCCAAGCAGGGUCGUAUCAAAAUGCCUGGUCCGGUCGACCCGGUGGAGAUGGUCGUCCUCAAGGAGAGAUACACCGAGUACCAGAUGAUGAUGAGGGCGCUUCGUAUGGAGUUUAAGGAGGAGGUGCUCCGAAGGAAGUAUGAGGAGGAGACGGGCUCCAUGGCGGAGGAGAAGGCGGCGCAGGAGGCGGAGGAGCAUCGUGGCCUCAUGGCCUGGAACAAGCAGGAGAAUCUGCGUCUGCUCGCAGUCCGAGUUGAGAGGGUCCAGAAGGAAACGGAAGAAGCUGAACGCAAGAAAUUAGAAGCUGUUCUUCAGCGUGAGCAAAAACAGCAAGAACUCCUCAAGGAAAAAGAGAGGGAAAUUUUGCAGUUGCAGGAGGAUGCAAAGAACUUCAUCACCUUGGAGAAUUUGGAUCAGCGUAUCGAGGAGGCUCUGGACACUCCAAAGAAUUACAACUUUGCCAUUGACAAAGAAGGGAGAGUUGUUAAACAGACGAUGCUGCAGUGAAGUGGCAGACGGACCCCUGUGUAUCCGUCUCUGAAGAUAAACAAAGACUGAUGACAAAUGAACAUUUUUCUAAUUCACACUGGAGGCGGAUUUUCUUCAAACUCUGAAAAAACAUUCAGCGUGAGAGAAGCUGACGUACCUGUAAACUGAGAGAUAUUAGAGAUCCUGCAAGUGAUUUAAAGGAAUUGUUAUUGAUGGAAGCCACCAUGUCACAUUCAGUAGCAGUUCAGUGUUUUAUGGAAACCUACAUCCUCAUAUUAUCAGUUAAGUGUCAGCUCGAAGUUUGGCUUUUGACAGAAAGACCAUUUUUCUGUCUGUACGCUGUACGCUUUUAUUUUUCAUGUUCGUGCAUCAUAUUGUUUUGAUCAUUACUGUCUUCUCAUGAUGUGUAAUGUAUGUAAAGAAAACUAAUGUAUAUCAAAGUUUCCACUACA